UUGAUUGGCCGUAGGCGAGGGCUUGCGGGGGGGGGUGUCGCGAUGGCCGCUCUCUUGGACUCUGGCAGCAGCGGCGGCGGCGGCGAUGAUGACGCCGCCAUAGCGGAGUCUGCGCGGGAUGUGGACGAGGAUGGUGAAGAGGAGGAGAAGGAAGAGUACGAGGUGGAGAGCAUCGUGGACACCAGGACCUUCGAGGGCGAGCAGCAGUUUCGCGUUCGCUGGCGGGGCUACUCGCCCGAGGAGGAUACGUGGGAACCCAAGGAGAACCUAGGAGGCUGCGAAGAGCUCCUGCAGCAGUUCUACCACAACAGAAAGGCCCUAAAGUUGCACUCCGCCAACGACUCUGUGACAUUGAGCCAUAAGAAAGAAAAUAAAUCUGAGCAAAAAAAUGAAACUUUGGCAUCGCCAUGCAAAUCUCAUCAGCAGAAGAAAAGGAAGAAGAAGAAGAAGAAAGAAAAGAGUGGCGAGAAAGCCAAGUCGAGAGACGAGCAGAGCAGCACAGACCAAACUUCGUCCAGCAAGUCCAAAUCGGCGCAGAAGCACCACCACAAGUCGGAGCGCCGCCACAAAUCGGAGAAACGCAGCAAAUCCAAGCACCGCCAUCAUAUGUCACAGCCAGAGGGCGACUCCCGGAAGCAUUGCGAGAAUGCAGAACCAGCAAAGAAGUCCACAGUGGUGAGGGAGAAGCAACUUGAAAGGCUUUGUCCAAGCCCUGAGGAGGAAAAAAGUGAUUUCUCAUCAAUGCAUCACUCUAACUACAAUGCCAAUUCCAAGAAAGCCAUGGAAAUCGAAGCUACCUGUGCUGUUGUGAAAAUAGAAAGAUUGUCUGAUAAUGAAGAGUAUUUAAAAUCCUACCAAAGCGAUAAACAACGCAACAACAACCUCCCUGGCGUGAGGAAUGUCUCGGUCAAGGUGGAACUAGAUUGGGAGGGCUCUGUGACCUCUGACACUGGGAGUGUCAUUCAUCACAGUGGCGGGAUGCCGAACGUGUAUAGCCAGGAGACCGUUUGUGAAGGAGGGCUUCAAAAUCAAGUUGUUGGUUUGAUGUCACCAGCUUCUGAAUAUUCAGGUGUAAGUCCCAAAUAUAUGCAAUCAAAAUCUAAAAAAACACAAAAACUAAUAGUUGGAUGCAGAAAACUGGUAGUGCUGGUGUAUAGGUUGAAAUUAUCUGCUGUUGAAGGAAACAAGCCAAGUGAAAAACCUAAUAUCUCAGUGCCGAGCGAGUAUGAGAGUGUGCAGGCUGGAGUCAGCAAUGUGCCUGUGAAGAGUCUGUGUGGAGAAAAAUUGGCCGACUCGAAAUGUCUACCAAAUAAAGAAAACCUUGAAGACGGGAAAAUAAAACCGAAAAAAAGAAAAAUGAGUCCAGAUGUUACCAACUCUGUUGAGAGUGAUCCUGAAUUGCACAAAAAGAGACACAAGCAUAAACACAAACACAAAGCACAAUAUUCCAUUGAGCCGAAGAAGAGCAAGAAGGUGAGCUCAGCUGAUGCGGUUUGUGAAAUGGAAGCGGACGUCACUCAGCAGGAACUAGCAGAUGAAACCCUGGGGGGAAAAAACUCUUCGGACGAAAAUAAAGUUUUGUUUGGAGCUUGUGGAAGUUCACUGCAGAAGCUUCAGGAGUCACUUAACCUCGACUUGAUUCAUAACGAUGAGAUGUCCUCUUCCGAGGAGUCCAUCCUUAAAAACCUGGGAGAAAACCCUCCCUCGGGGACAGCGAUGCCAUCGCCGCUGCCUUUAGACGGAGUGACCUGCGACACCAAAACGCAAGCGCUGAAGGCUGUCCCCACGGCAGCGAAGCAGCAGCAGCUGCCCGCUGACUCAAAGCCACGCUCGUUGGACUCCAGUCUACUCAACGAUGUCAUCGGGGACCUCCAGAUGCGCCCGUGCGAGCCAAAGGCCCGGCCCCGCGAGGAGAUGACCUUUGACUGCCUCAGCCUGGAGCAGCUGAGGCGACGGCUUUUCGAGGAGUGUGUGAAUGCCGCUGCGAUGGCGCCGUGCGACGCCAGCGGAGUAGUCGGCAUGGGGGAGUUGCGCGAGGCUGUGCGCACUGGCGACAUGCACACUGUGCGGGCCGCACUCACCACGCAGCCCCACCAAGUCGACCAUGAGGACGGGACCGGCAUGACGUUGGUGAUGCUGGCCGCUGCAUUUGGACACUUGGACAUCCUCCGGUUGCUCAUUCGCAGUGGGGCCAAUGUAAAUGCACGGCAGAAAAAUGGCAGCACGGCUUUAAUCUACGCAGCUGAGAAGAAUCAUCUGAGCACUUUAGCUUUGCUACUGGAGAAUGGAGCCCGCGUGAACCUCCAGCAAAACAAUGGGGAGACGGCUUUAUCGAAGGCCUGCAAGAGGGGCGACGUGGAGAUGGUCCGGUUGUUGCUGGACAACUUUGCUGACUGCAGUGCGAUGUUGGUGCAGCAGAGCGCAACCCAAGCUCAUCAAAAACUGUACACCAACCAGAUUAUUUCUGAGAUGAUUGCCAACAACAGACAAUUGCUCAGCGGUGCGGCGUUGGACAAAAUCCAGGAGUACUUUGAGGAGGAUGUGAAGCUGCUAGAUCCGCUGUUCCCCAUGACGUGCCACCGAGUGGGUGACGGCUGUGAAUGCAGCGUGCAGUUCGAGUACGAGCCAGCCGACGACCCCCCGGCAGGCUCGAGCACGCUGCUUUUCCUGGUGCACUCCUCUACACAGGGCUGUGAGCGCAUUGCGUGCCGCCUCACCGGAGCUUGUGCUGUGCAGGCAGUGGUCCUGAACCAGCACUACCAGCUGCCUCUCUUCCUGAAAAACAACUUUGUAUUUUCAUUCAACCCGGUGCCAGGCAUGAACUCGCUCCUCGUCCGUUUCUCCACAUCUCCUGCGCUGAAGCAGGUGAACGUGAUGGUGUGUGCUCACGCCGUGUCUCUCAACGGCUAAGCAGCCACAGAGGAGCGCUCUGCUAUCCCUCGGUAGCAUUCUCCGCGUGAAGACCCGGGGGCGGCCUGGGUGGUGCAGCGCCUAGCACUCACUCCGCUGCUACUGCACCAUCACCACAACUUCAGAUUCAUUUACAAUCGUGAGAGCCGUGCAAGGGAGGUCCUGCACGCACAGUUCAUGGGUGUUUCACAUUUUAGUUAUAAUCCAGUCAUAAUCCAGCAUCUGGGCCACCUUGUUUAUAAAACUGCCGCAUGUUUACUGUGUUAUGUGAAUAGCAGAAAGUUGUGCAUUUGAACUAUUUCACGAUUACAGAAGUGAGCAAAGUAGUGAUGUACAAUUUGCUUGAUUAUGUAACUGCCAACACCCAUGGUGAUUUGCCUAUAAUUCCUUCACCGUAGUCAUAUUUUAUUAGAUUUACAGCUAAAUGUUACUGUUGUGAAUUUGAAUUUCCCAGUGUGCUGGGCAUGCAUACAACUGCUCACCCCAUUUUAUUUGUUAAACCCAUGCCACCAUGAUUGGAGUUAAUACAUUGUUAACGAUGUUAUUGCCCACUUUUUAUAACAUUUGGAGCAAUGUAUCUUAUGGCUUUUCUUUCAUAUGCAACAUAUGUAAAUCGCCAUCGUGCUUGCUUAAUGUAACAGUAAUAUUUAAAUAAAUUAUUGAUUUUUUUCCCAAAAAAAUAUUUUAUGCCAAGUAAUUUUUACACCUUUGUAUGUCCAUUGCUAGAUGUUGGCCACCCCCACUCCGUGUCAGUUUGCAGUUUGUUUGAUCGCACUUUGGCAGCAAGGUGGCUCGGUGGCAGCACUCGUGCCUCACAGUAACAAGAUCCUGGGGUUUGGGAUAGAUCGCGUAAAUAUAAAUGCGUCGUUAAACCCGCCACCACCCAAAACAGCCAAUUCAUAAGGUUUGUCACGUAAACAAAACGUGCCAAUUACUUAGCACACCCGUGUUGGAGAGUAAACAGCAUUGUGAACGAUUUUCCUCUGUUUUUUCUGGUUUCCUCCCAUAACUCAAGAAUAUACAAUCACUGGCAUUGACCAGAUAUUCUAAUGCUGAGAAAUAAUUGCAAAUUACA